UGGCUGCUGCCGGCGGCUACGGAAAUUGCCGAGGGAUUGCGGUCGGAUAAUCGAAUGGCAUUAACAGGUACACUUUUUCGGUGGUCACCGUGAAUGGUAGUUGGAUGUCCACUCGCAGUACCAGAUCUCGGCCUGCCUUAUUCCCUAAAGAAUUCAUCAAUUGAGGUGACUUUGAUAUUUCAUCAUAGUUAAAUGAUUUCUCCAAGAAAUUGAAAAUUUAUACUACUUCAUGAAAGAACUUCGUAUUCUGGAAUUUGCCAUCUUACCAUUCCAGUGGUAUAAUGUGGCAGCUAAUAUGCAUUCUGUUUCAUCCAGACUGUGGUUUUCAGAAGUAUUCCCUAUACUGACAACUGGUAUCUAUUCUAACACUUGGCAAAGUUUGCCUUCUUUAACCCAUUCCAUUUUAUUCCUUUUUUUAUAUGUAUAUUUACACAUCACUGCUGCAUAAAGAAAAGUUUCUUAAUGAGCUGCAACUGGUGGCAUCUAUUUAUUUAUUUAUUUAAUCCUUUCAUUGAAAAUUCUGUGAGCACACUUUCAUUUUUGUCAAAAUGUAAAACUUCCCACUCAUGCUGUCCAUCUGUAUAUUUUCAAGUGGUUUUCCACCCACCUCACAUUCACCAACAAUCAAAUUAUAGCAACAGCUUUAUUGUCAACUCUGAGAGUAACUUUUCAAAAUGAUGACCGAAUGUAAAUACUGCAAGAAAACCUUCAAUCAUUCUGGUCAUCUAACACGUCACAUUCGCACUCAUACUCGAGAGAAACCUUAUGAGUGCAGUUAUUGUAAGAAGAGAUUCUCUGACUCCAGUACUCUCACUGUUCACACGCGUAUUCACACCGGUGAGAGACCUUUCUGUUGUAAAUUCUGCAAAAAAACUUUCUCUCGCUCUGACAGCUUGCGUGUACAUAUACGCACUCACACAGGAGAAAAGAAAUUUGAGUGCUGUCACUGUCGCAAGACCUUUUCUCGAUCGGGUAAUCUGACCGUCCAUAUGCGAACACAUUCAACAGUGCCCAAUGGGGACACCUGUAAUAGUAUCCACAACAGUGGCAGAGAAUGCAGUGGUUGUAGUAAGUCAUUCAAUCAACCUCAAGAUUUAAAUUGCCACAUAAAAACACAACAUCACCAUCAUCGAGAUGCUGAUAACUCUCUUUUCCCAGCCCUUUGCAAAACAGAAACUGUUGAUGUUUAUUCCAAACCGUCCUGUUGCAGUACUAGCUACCAGCAACAUCCAUACCAGUCUUCAAGUGGCAGCCUCUGCUGUAAACGUGUCUCUUCAAGUAAUUUAUCAAUGAGUUAUGAUCAGUGUAACAAUGGAAGCAAGUUGAAUGGUUACCUUGGCAACCAGUCUACUGAAAAGUCAUGUGGUGUGGGUACAAACCAAAGUAUGGACAUGAAGCCAGAACUACCUGUAUCUGUUGCUAAUCAUCACAAUAACCUUCAUUGUAAUAUGCCAACCUCAUCAGGACAUUACACACAGCUGUUGCUGCAAAAUGAAAACAAAACAUUUGAUUGCAACAACUUUGACAAAUCUAUUUCUCGAACAUGUCAACUACAACGGCAUUUUCAAAGAUCGCUGGAGGGUAUUGACACUUUUGUGUCAACGUCGUCAGCAUGUGACAAUCAAAACGUUGUUUACAUGAAUACAGGUUUGCAUGGACAUACAACAGAAAAAACUACUCAGUGUGGACUCUGUGAGAAGUCUGUAAUACACAUGUGCCAUCUGAAUGGUGAUAAUUAUUGCAUCCCUUUUUCAAAUUCUUAUAACAGUUUGACAAAUGUUACCAACAUCCCAACAAUGUCUAUGUGUUCUACUUCUGACAUCAACCGGAACCAAACUUGUACCUACAUUAACCAUCCACCUCUUUCUUCGCAACAGACAUUUGAUUGUGAACGCUGCAAGAAUUCAAGUCACACAAAUAGUUUAACUGAAUCCAAACCUCCAAGUUUAAAUAGUCAGAUUUACAUUAAACCUGACAUAACUUCCAAUUCUGGUACUGAUCAUGUCCAUAGUUCUUGUGCGUUAAUUAAUAAUAAAACACAUAAUGGAGAAUUUAAGUAUGGAUGUGAAAAUUGUAAAACUUCAAAUAACAUAAAAGAUGAAAAAAGUUCUGGUAUGAUAAGUUCUUUUAAUGGACAAAAUGAAAAUUUGAAGAAAUCUCAAAAUAUUUCUUUAAGUAGCACCAAAAAUCAAUCUUGUUCAUACAGUGGCAACAACAAAUUGCAUAACAAAGAUCAACUGUAUGGAUGUAAACAGUGUGAUGUGUCCUGUAAAGAUGGCCAUGGAUUUGGUCAUGAAGCUGAUACAAAACCUUGUUUACCUUUAUCUGUGAGCUAUAAUAAUCAACAUGAACUUGAUGUCAAACCAAAUUUAUCCAUCUGUCCAUCUCUUGAGCCAAACAUCCAACCCAACCCAUAUUAUAAUAAUAUAAGAAAUCACACAACUGACAAACAAUUUGGUUACAUGAAAUCAUUUGCUCCUAAUACGCUGGAUAUAAAAACUGAUCCAACAGGUUCAAAUUCAUUCUUUGGCUUUCUACAAUCCCUCCCUGAUACUAAUCUCUUUGAAUGUGAUAAUAAUGGAGACCAGUCAUUUAUGCAGUUUAAUGGUUUUCUCAGUACACAAAAUACUUCUCAAAAGUCUUGUUUGUUAUCGUCAAGAACUUCCAACAACUCUGAAAUAGUAGAUAUUAAACCUAAUUUAUCUUCUAUUCAUGACCAUUAUCACCAAGCUCUCACACAUUUUGGUCAAGGAGAUACAUUUGCCAAAUCAGAUUUCUCUUCAUGUUUCAAUAAUAACCAAUCCUCACUGGAGUCUAGUUUUUACGACCCUGCUGGUGCUGCCAGUGUUGGAAUCACCAGCACUGGUACAGGUGUUUCUGCUGGUUCUGGAAUGUCUAUAAAACCUGAACCAUUUUUCUGUUCCUCCAGUGAAACUCAGUCACAACCAUUCUCAUAUCAUAACUUUGAUCAAGCAGACAUUAAACCAGACUUGUCGCUGUUAUGGUUCUAAAUGUCAAAUUUAUGGAAGAACAAUACAGGUUUAGGAGAGAACAAACUCCUAGUCUGGUUCUAGUCUUACCUGCCAAAGAACAUUUGUUGUUGUUUAUCUGGUGUAAUUUUUUUUUUUUUGUUACUUGUAUGUUGUUUGAAUGUUUUUUUUUUUUGUUUUUUGCUUCAAAGUCUCCAUUAAAAACUGGCCAAAGGUUUUGAUACAAAACCAACUUUGACUCAGUCAACUAAGUUCGGAAUUAUAUGAUUCUUCAAGAAAAUCCAACCAAUGUCUAUAGUAUAAAUUAAUCAAGUAAAAUGACCAGUUCCUACUCACUUUUACUGAAUAUACCUCACAUAAAGCUACAAUCAUAUCCUAAAGCAAUCAGCAAUUUAAUGAAGCCAUUUGUCCUUAUUUAUCAUAAACUUUUAAGAUUAUUUUUGCUACUUGGGGUUAUUUAUAUAAUACUUCUGUGAAUUCCUACGACCAUUCUGAAAAACCAAAGAGCUUCAUACAAAAAUUACCAGAAUUAUUGAAGUAAAUGUUUAUAAUUUACUGGAGGUUAGUUGGUAAUUCCCAUUUGGUGUUAAGUUUAAGAUUUUAGAAAUCUUGCUAGAGGGCAGUGUUAAUGGUGAGUAAAGAAGUCAUUCAUAUACAUACACACUUUUUAUUUUAUACAUUUCCAUUAUUUAUGAAUUUCACUCAUGAAACAAUAACUCCUUAGGGGCCUUAAUAUGGAUGCCAACUUACAGUUUAAAUUAUUAGACUGUUUAGGACGAAUUUGCGACACUUCAGUAUUACCUCACUGAUUUAUUAUUAUUUGAAAGAUUUUGAAAUUUCUCUUACAAAUAUACUCCAAUUAAAAAUUCAAAACUGAUUUUCAUUUCUUUUUCUCCACCACUGAUUGGAAUUAGUAGAUUCUGAUGGCUCUAUUAAACUCAGCUUUUGUCGAGUAUUUCCAUCAAUAUAUUCUGCAGUUAUUUUCAGGUGUCAUUUUUUUUUACAUACUUCCUUUGGUUAGGAUUGAAAUAGAAAAAUCUUUUGAUGUAACUCCUGGAUUUUUAUCACUUAUUUAGUCUAAACUUUUUCAUAAGAAAUGGCUGUACCUGUUUUAAUGGUAUUUUAAUUUAUUUCAAUAAAGGCAGAGCUGGCUUUAAUUAACAGUCAACCUGUCAUCAAAUACCUUGAUUAUCAGGUAUGUGUCUUAUGUCUAGUAUUAAAAAAGUAAAAAAAUUCACAAUUGUUUGAAACAUGUCCAGGUCUGUGUGAAAAUAGGGGAAUAUGCCUAAGUUUAUUUUAAAGGAAAUAAUGUAAUCUGUGUAACAAAAUAUUGACUAAUAAACUGUUGAAAAUGUCUAUAAAAUAAAAUUAGAUUUCUAAAUUCUCAUUCAGUUCCAGUUCCUAGUCAAAUGCCUAAUAUAUUUCUCACUCCACUGUUUUAGGAUCUUUAAAGCUUAAAUUUUUGGGGCCUCCAGCAAGCUUGGGAAUGAUAUGUAUUUAAAUGUAUUUAAUAUUUUGAUUUCAUUGAAUUGAUGUAUGUGGUACGACCUUCCAAAAAAACUUUGUUUCAUUGAAUGGAUAAGAAAUGUGUUUUGAUUUAGUUUAUGAUGGUAUUGACCUCAAUACUACAAACUGUAAAGCACUCAUUAGUUUUUAAUUUUGUGCUUUUAUUACUUGCUGUAGAAAGUCAUUCCUACUUUGUGGUAUAUGUUAUCAACUAGUUACACUGGACUAAACACAAACCCAGUGAUAUUAGCAGGCUCUUGUCCAGCUGUCUGGUAUUCUAUCAGCUUGGUCCUCUAUGCUUUCAUUUCAUAUAUAACAGCUGUUUAAAAUAUUGUUAGCUUAUAAAGCAGUCACGGGCCACCUGCAGUAUGCAGCCCAUAGGAGUUUCCUAGUAGUGCAGCCCACCUGAUGAUUUAAGUCAUGUCUCAUGUGGCAUUCUUCUUGAAAAAGGUUGCCUGUGUCUGAUAUAAAGACUUGUGGGAAACUAACCAACAAUAAAUUUUAGAAAUUGAAAUAUUCUGACCCUGGAAAACAGAAAAGAUAAUGUUGGCUGGUUGUAUAGUUAAUAUAUAUUACUCUAAGAUAAAUUGUUUCUUCUCUUUCACAAUCUGAUGCCUUAAUUACUAAAUGAUCCCAGUUUCAAUUAACUACAUUUAAAAAUUAGAUUAGUAAUGAGAGUUGGGUGGGGAGUAUUUGUUAGUUAUUUCUACUCAAGCUUUUCACAUGAGAUGCAGUUGCGAUGAGAGAAUGACUGCAAAGGAGAGUACCAUAAUUUAGUAUCAUCCUUUUACAGUUUUUGACUCAUUACAUUAAACAUGUUAAAGCAACUUAUUCUUUGAGACAUGGACAGUCAAAAUGAUGGCAAUAUUAUAUUAAUUUAGUUAUAGAAAACAUUGUUUGCAACACAGAUCCUAAUUUUUAGUAAGAUAUUUCUUAUCAGAAAGGCAAUAUGAAUGUAUUCUUUUGCUACACCAGCAGAAUAUGUAUGUGUGUGUGUGUACAUACAUAUAUGUAUGUAUAUUGUGAACUAUUUAAAGCUGAGCUUGACAUAACUGUUUAUCUAUUGUAAAUAUUCAUCUACAUAGAUUAUUCAAUCAUUUGUAAGAAUGAGAGAGUUUUUGAGUUGUGGGCCUUGAAAGAGACUUCUCAAAUUCUUAAUAGUCUCAUCAUCAUCUAGAGUAAAUUUGUGUCAAAUCUUUCUUUUUUCAUAGUUUUUAUCCAUCUUUUUCAUCCUAAUAUGCAUUGGAAAGGUCCACAAACUUACAUAUUUGUUUGAAAUGUUAAUAAUUCUCUAUUGAAAUGAGAGUAGCAUCUAUUUUCAGUUAAGAUGGCUGUGGCAAGCAGAGUAAAGUGCCUUGCCUAUGAGCGGUAUGCAGUGCUAGUACCAGGUUUUAGGAACUAUGACCUUUAAGGCAGCAAUCCAGCACCUUUUCAAGCACUGCAUCAUCAUACCUCUGAUAGGUCAAAUUUAAUUCUCUACUCUAACUUCAAAAAGAUGUGCCACACUUUUAGUAUUGUAGUUCUUUCAAAGCCUUCCAUUUACAAGAAAUAUUUUAUAUAACUGCUAGUGUUGCUAGUUAAAGAGGAGAUGCCAAAUGUAUGAUGUAUAUAAUUAUUGGUGUUUUAGUGGUGGGAGAUUAUGAUCAGUUUUUAUUGAUUUAUUUCUGUUUUUUCUUUUACAUUUGCUGAUUCUGCAAUGAAUAGUUGUUCUUAAAGCAGAAGAAUAGCUGUUGUAGAAGAGAAUGAUGAUAGAGAGAUAGCUUCAUGGAAAGACUGUUAAUUAUUUCAGAGUAAAAUUUAGUUGGGUAACAUUUGGGGUUUGUAGCAAGGCCUUAGCAACAAAAGGGGAUGAGAGGAGCACUGUGAGAGUUGCUUGGGACAAAUGGCAGUUAGAGGUUUUAUCUCCCUUUUUGAUAUACAGGUCCAAUUGUAGUGAAAGUCUUGUCAGUACACACACUUACACACACACCAUAAAGAUAUACAUAUAUAUAUACAUUCUAAAUGUGUGUGUAUCUUAUUAAAUACAGGAACACAACUCCAGAUCUUUUUCUGAAUCAGAACACAGGUAUAUUUAAUUUAAAAGGGGGUCACAUUGCUAGAAGAAUUUAGAUUCAAAGAAGAUAUAUUUAUGGCCAAAACUUGGUUCGAAGCAUAAGGUUCUCUAGAAUCAAACAAAUGGGAUUGGGUGUGAUUAAAGAAAUUAUAUUUUAUUGUUUUUAUUAUUAUUAUUAUUAUUAUAAUUCUCAGAGCUCUCAGUCUUACUUGCUCUGGUUGAUAAUGUGAGAGCAGACAGCAACCUAUUGUCAGCAGUCUCACAGUGUCUUUUCUGCAAAUUAUAAGCUUUGGUACCUGGAUGUUAAUUUAUUAUGGAAGACACUCAACACCCAAGCACCAAUCUUAAAAUCCUAGCUGCUCCCAGCAGAGCAUUUAUUUUGAGCCUGCUCUGCUUUUAUGUCAAUUCCAUAUUAUUAUUAUUAUUAUUAUUAUUAUUAUUAUUAUUAUUAUUGUCUAAAAUGGCUGCUGAAUUAUUUUAAAGUAAUAUUUUCACUUGAUAUUUAUUUAAAAUGUAAGUUUCUCUCCUGUUCUCUCUUUACAUGAGUGUGUGUGCACAUGCACACACACAAACAAAAACAAACAGAUAUUCUAUUACUUCUUCCAUCUUUCAGUUUCCUACUGCUGUCUUAUAGUUUUUAUCUAUGUUCCUGAAAUAUCUAUCUCCCCAACAAUGUUGCUAGCAUAACCAUUUACAAGAAAUAACUAGAUAUUUCAAUUGUUUGUCUUCUGCCACCUUUUAGUAUAUUUAAUAUGCUACACUAUAAAAGAAUAUAUUCUCUAUUUUGUAUCAGAGUACAUUCUAUUAAAAAAAAAAAAAUGAAAGAAAUGUAAAAAAAAAAAAAAAAAAAAACUACAAUGAAGCUGUCAUUCUGCAGAAAUCUGCAGAAAUCAGCUGAAUCUAAAAUUUCUUCACUAUUUUGG